AGCCGAGGACAGCAGUCCUAGUAUAAAUUGUCAGGAGAAAAACCAUCUGUACAUCCUCCAUUAUGAGAAGUGCCCAGUUAUUGCUGCACCUUUAUUGACCUGUCAGACCUUUCUACUUAUCCCAGAGUGGCUACAUUCAGGCAGGAGGCUUUGGUGAGGGACUUUGACAAAAUCCUUUAGGCAGUCCAAGUGAACUGUGUCCAUCAGAUUAUCUCUAAAUAUUUUCACCUUGCUUCCAACCCUUGUGAUGAUCAUCUCAAAGUGAAAUCUGCCCAGUAGCCGAGGUCACUUCAGAAAGGAGUUAAACAGUUAAUGAGGGAAGGAGAGGUCUAGCAAAGCUUCGAGACCUGCUUGUUGAGGAGCAACAGUGGCAGAAGAUUCCCAGAGGGCCACAGUUGGGAUCAGAGGCACCUCUUGAUCUUGACUCCACAGGGCUGUUCUUGCCCAAAGAGACAACUUUUGCUAAAGAAGAAGUCAUUUUCUACAGCAUGUAUGGUUUUCUCCGUAUUCUGUGUUUCUAAAAGCCUCCUUCUUUCCUGUGAUGCACAACUCUGUACUGGAACAAAUGUGUUUCUUUCUCAGAUACUCUUGACACCAGCAGCUCCCAGAAACUCUUGAUGAAAACAGGACUCGUCCUGAUAGUCAUUGGUCACCUGAACUUCAUUACGGGAGCCCUGGUCAAUGGGACGGUGUUGCGCCACAUUGCCAACCCUCAAGAUACCAUUUCGGUGCAGUAUGCCGUCUCUAACAUCAUUACGGCCAUCUCGGCCAUCUUGACGAUAUCCUGUGGAAUAGCAGCAAUUGUGCUUUCCAGAUACUUAACCCAGAAAUCACUGGGAUGGGCGGUUUUCUCCCUCAGCAUCAGCAGCACCCUCCUCUCGCUUUUCUGCUCGGUGGGGCUGGCAGUUGCCAUUGGCCUGACCUUUGCCAACAGGGGCCAUGCCCUUCUGGCUCUGUGCACUUUUGCUGACGUGGAGCUCAUUCAGAUUUCCCACGAGUGUCCCUUCGAUCCCACACGGAUUUAUAGUUCUGCCCUGGCCCUCUGGGGGCUCUCCUUCCUCUUGGACUCCGUGGAGAUCAUCUUCAGCGUCCGCUGCUUUCUGAUCACUCUUACCAUCCUGAACGUGAAGCUUUGUCGCCGGGGGAAGCGCAAGAAAAAGGUCUCGCUGCAGUUCAUCACCACCGAGAGCGGAGACCCCUGCGAGGGACGGGAUCUGCUGAGGAUGGAGCGCAUUGACACUGUGCAGCUUUAGAGGCCAAACCUUGUCGCUUGGGUGACUCUUGCCGGCAAAAACCCCACGGACUCUUCUGCGGCACCUUUCUGACUGUCCCGUCAGUUUCACCAUCCAGCCUCACUGACUGCUGGGAGGGCUGAAGCCUGCCGUGGGAGACGGCUGAGGUCUGGUUUCUUCUUCUUCUUCUUCUUCUGAGGUCUGAAUGGUCUUGUGCUUUGUACAUGUCUCCCAAGCGUCUUUCUCCUCUGGACCAACAGCGAGGGCCAAACACUUAUGUUCCAAGCUUGGCUUUCUCAAAAGAGGCUGUUAGCUGUUUCCCAGAGACAAACCUCUUUUAUUCUGGUGCACACACGCGCACCCCCACAUGUGAGUCUCCCUGCUUGCUCCACACGUUCUUCUAGGAGGGGUGGACCAGCGGUUGCAGACGGAGCCACGUCCUUCUCUCCAGCGCAGGGCCAAUGACGCUCUGGGCCAAUUCUCAGGGAGCAGAGUCACCCCAGAGCGAUGGGAGCUCAAUGGCCGGGGAAGAGGCUCUAGCAGGACCACGCCGAGGAGAGAAGGGGAGCACGAGGGGUCAGUGGGGGCUUUCUUUGACACGCGCUUUCAGGAAUUUGCAUUCUGCUAUCGCCGCUUAAGCAGGGAGUGAAAGUAUGGGAAAUGACCUUUAGAGGGUUGGUGUGUUGACAAAAUGUGCAGAUUUACACUUGCUUUCCUUGUAUCUGUAAAUAUUUAAAUCUACUGAAACAAUGAGCGUGGAGGCAACUGAUUGAUAGCUGCAAAAGUGGUAGAUGUGGGGAGAGCCAGUGUCGUGGCUGGCGAAGACGAGGGACAUGGGAGGCUCCAGUGCACUUCGCAAUCCAGUUUCCACCCCAGAAGCUCCCUGGGGGACUUUGGUCCAGUCACACAUGCUCAACCCAACCUACCUCACAGGUUUGUUGUGAGGAAGACCAGGAGGAUGGAGUGCUCUGUGUGCUGCCGUGAACUCCUGAACUAAAGAGGGGAUAAAAACCUGACAAAUAAAUAAAUUAGUUACAAGAA